AGCAGCGUUCUUAGCGAUGUGUAGACUACCGACCGUGAUAGACGUGUUUUUAGUAUAUUAAUAUUUCUACAGCUACUGAAGGAGAAUAAAACUUCACAAUUACGUACAUAGCUGCGACAUUUUUCGACUAACUAGGGCCUAUUGAUUGGACAAUUAUUAUUGUGUGAUCCCGAUUGUGGGAAUGGGGACAUGAUGGAGGACAAAGGGCCUCGUGUAGCAGACUACUUUGUGGUUGCUGGCCUCACAGAUUCCUCUAAGCCCCUGGACGAGGAGCUCCACUUUGACGAUGCCUGCCACAGGUCUGCCAAGCCCAAAGCCCCCAUCACUGAUGUGGCUGUAGUGAUUCGCUCCAUGGGGGAGGAGGUGCCCCAGGGCUAUACCUGUGUGGAUGUCACCCCCUCUGGGCUCUCAGCAGAGCUGAACGGAGCCAGUCUCAGAGGCCCACAGAUCUUCCUCUGCUACAAGAGGGGCAAAGAUAAGCCACCUCUCACUGAUCUCGGAGUUCUGUAUGAGUGGAAGGAGAAACUGAAGUCUGGCUGUCACAUCGUCCAGACCACGCCCUCUGGUCGCCCGGCAAACAUAAGCAACUCCUCCUCCCAGCGCAUCUACAUCACCUACCGCCGUGUCUCCCAGAGCCAACCACACACCUCAUUGGCCGUCACAGAUGUUUGUGUCAUCGUUCCGGCCAAAGGGGAGACGCCCCCUCACACUUUCUGCAAGGUGGACAAGAACCUUAACAGCAGCAUGUGGGGGUCUUCUGUCUACCUGUGUUACAAGAAGUCUGUAGCUAAAACCAACACGAUUGCAUACAAAGCAGGUCUGCUCUGUCGAUACCCUGAGGAGGAUUAUGAGUCAUUUCCCCUGCCUGAGUCUGUCCCUUUGUUCUGUCUGCCCAUGGGGGUGACCAUGGAGUACUGGCCAGCCCACACCAAACACUCCCUGCCGGUCUUUUCCACAUUCGUCCUGACUGGAGCCUCUGGAGAAAAGGUAUAUGGAGCUGCCAUUCAGUUCUACGAGCCUUACCCAGAGGAGAGUCUGACUGAGAGACAGCGCUCUCAGCUGGGUCUCCCCAGCACAGAGCUCCGGCCGGAGGACACCAAGACCGUUCACACCAACAAGAGCAUCUGCCUGCUGUCACACUGGCCCUUCUUCGACUCCUUCAGGAGCUUCCUCACCUUCCUCUACCGCUACUCCAUCUCCGGACCCCACGCUUUGCCCAUCGAAAAGCACAUUUCUCACUUCAUGUACAAAGUCCCGUUUCCCUCCUCACAGAGACCACGCAUCCUCGUUCAGCUGUCUCCACACGAUAGCCUGAUGCUGAGCCAGCCGGUCUCCUCUCCUCUACCCCUCAGCGGUGGAAGCCUCUCCACUCUGCUGAUGAACCUGGGUCCUAAAAACGCAGCCACCUUGCUGGUGCUGGCAGUGACGGAGCACAAGAUCCUGGUCCACUCCCUGCGCCCGGCCGUCCUGACCAGCGUCACCGAGGCCCUGGUGUCGAUGAUCUUCCCCUUCCACUGGCCGUGCCCCUACAUCCCCCUGUGCCCACUGGCCCUGGCAGACGUGCUGAGUGCCCCCUGUCCCUUCAUUGUGGGCGUGGACUCGCGCUACUUCGACCUCUACGUGCCCCCGGCUGACGUCAGCUGCGUUGACUUGGACACCAACACCAUCUCCUACAAGGACGACAAAAGGGCCCUGACGUGGAAGAUUCUGCCCAGGAGGGCCUGCAAGCAUCUCCUCAACACUCUCGGCAAACUCUACCAGCAGCUGGUUGAUGUUGGCCAGCUGAACCGUGAGGAUGGCCACGCGGAGGACCAAGCUAUGACUAACAGGGAGCUCAGCAACGGAAAGAGCCUGCACACCCUGGAGCUGGAGAUCCAGGAGGCCUUCCUGCGCUUCAUGGCAGCCAUCUUGAGGGGCUACCGCUCCUACCUGCUCCCCAUCACCCAGGCCCCCUCGGAGAAGACCACAGACGCCAGCUCGCUCUUUGAUCUACAAGGAUUCCUGAAGAGCAGAGAGCGAUCCCAUCAGAAGUUCUACUCCUUCAUGAUGAAGACUCAGAUGUUUAUCCGCUUCAUCGAGGAGUGCUCCUUCGUCAGUGAUAAAGACGCCAGUCUGGCUUUCUUCGACGAGUGUGUAGACAAGAUGGACAGCGAGCGGCCAGAGGACAGCAGACUCAUUGAGCUGGACGAGUCUCACCGCAGCGAGCACACGGUCUACAUCAACCCCCCGGAGCUGCCCCCACCGCCCCCCGGGCAGGAGCACCCUCUGUGCUAUAGCUACGCCAGCUUCCCCGUGUUGAGGCCUGAGCUGCUAGACCCCCUGGAGGGGCGUGACCCCCCCUCCAUGAACACAGCCUCCCGCCACGGCAGCCCCGCCAGCCCCACGGCCAUCUUCAGACGCUCCAAACAGGAGAUCCGAUCAGCCCAGCGGAUGGCCAAGACCUACUCGUCCAUGCCCCAGAUGUGGUCCAAGUGUCUGCUCCGCCACUGCUACGGCCUGUGGUUCAUCUGCCUGCCCGCCUACGUCAACGCCUGCCACUCCAAGGUGCGGGCCCUGCGCCUGGCCUACGACGUGCUGCGCGGGACGCAGGAGCGCAAGCUGCAGGCCCCUGAAGAGGUGUGUUACCGCGUGCUGAUGCAGCUGUGCGGACAGCACGGGCAGCCUGUGUUGGCCGUGCGGGUUCUUUUUGAGAUGAAGAAAGCCGGGGUUCACCCCAACGCCAUCACGUAUGGUUAUUACAACAAGGCGGUGUUGGAGAGCACGUGGCCCUCCGGCACCAGAGGAGGCUACUUCCUGUGGGGGAAGCUGAGGAACGUGGUCCUGGGGGUGGUCCAGUUUAAACAGGUGGGCAGGAAGCCCCAGUCCCAGCUCCGGGAUCCCCACCUCUCAGACUGCAGUGAUCUGGACACGGUGAGCCACGGAAGUGUGGACAGCGCUAACGACUCAGCUGAGAGAGCCUCCAUCGACACCGACUUCACCAAGAUGGACUCCAGCGACGAUGGCUCAAGCACAGGUGGCCAGUCAGACCAAGGCUAUGACUCACUGUCCAAAGAGGAAGAGGAGAGGCUGGGCAGCAGAGAGCGAGGCACCGCCCCAGCUGCUGAGGACAAGGAGGAGGCUUUGCCAGAGAGGGAGGCCAUGGUUUCUCAGCAGGUCCCAACAGACUCCAAGGAUUCCUGUGGACCCCUACCAAAGAAGAGGCCCAACUCCCUGAACCUGUUUGGGGGACAGAGAGCUCCCAGGGCCAGGACUGCUGAACAGUGCCCCCUAGCUGCAGACAGCAGACUAGGCCAUGCAGAGGCAACCAGCUCCACCACCGCCACUGCCAGCCACACCGGUGAGGAGCAGAGGAAGUCCGGCUCCGAGGUAGAGGGCAGCGGGGACAGACGGAAGCCCGCAGUGGAGAGAAGCACGAGCUGCACCGGCGCUGUGGUGAAGCCUGGCGGGCCGUCCAUCGAGAGGAGCAUGAGCUGCAUCAGUGGGCCCGUGGCGAGGACGGGCGUCCAGACGGGCGCCGACCCUCUGUCCCUGCUGGCGGCAGAGACGGAGCGGGAGGGGGACGCCAGCCGCGCCCCCGCCGCCCGCAGGGACCUGGCCGAGGAGAUCGAGAUGUACAUGAACACCGUCAGCCCCCUGAGCAGCCGUGCGCCCAGCAUGGACCUCCAGAGCCCCUCCAGCCCCCUGUUCCACUCCAGCCCCUCCCCCCACAGCUCCCCCAGGCCGCCCCACCCGCUGGCACGCUUGCACACGCACCUCCCCCUGGUCGCCAAGCCCCGAGAACGCCUCCGCCUCUCCCCGUCGCUCCCCCUGGGGGCCCCGCGCAGGGAGCGCCCGUCCUCCCUGGUGUCACCCUCGUCGCCCAGCCUGUCGUCGUCCUCCUUCUCCAUGGACUCCCUGCUCACGCCCACCCUGGACAUCUUCAAGAGCAGCGUCAUCUCCGCCGGGAAGGGCGUGGCCGAGAAGGCCAGCCGCCUCUACUGCCGCCUGUCCUCCCAGACCUCCCUCACACAGGAUGUGAACUACGACCAGAUCAGUGUGUCCUCCCUGACCUCAGGAGACCCGGAAUGUUCUUCUCUGUUGGAGGGUGACGCCUGCCUCGAUCCCGAGGGCUUCACCUCCCCCCAGCACGGCAGCGCCUCCCGCCUCAGAAGGGCCACCCUUGACAGCCCCGGCACACCUUCCAGAGUGUUCCGCCACAACUCCUUCUCCAGUGGCUUGGUCCCACCAAUCAAAGCGGCUCAAACUCCAGACUCCUCCCCAGACUCCAGCCGCUUCCACCUCAAUCCCAGUCACACAGUGGAGGUGCUGAUGUCGAGCUGCUCCUGCUGCAAGACGUGUGACUGCCUGGUGUACGAUGAGGAGAUCAUGGCCGGCUGGACGGCGGACGACUCCAACCUCAAUAGCACCUGCCCCUUCUGUGGGACUCCGUUCCUGCCCUUCCUCAACGUGGAGAUCAAGGACCUGCGGCCGCUCAGGAGGACCAGUGAGGAGAACCUUCUGGAAAAAGAAUCUGUGUCUGCUUCUUGUCAUCCGGAGACAGGAACUCAAACACCUCAGACACCCACGGCUUCUUUUGGGAUUGUGGCUGGAAAUUCACAGGCCUCAGCCCCAGCCCCUGCCUCAUCCCCAGCCCCUGACCCUGUGACGAUCCCUUACCUAAGCCCCUUGGUCGUGUGGAAGGAACUGGAGAGCCUCCUGGGGAACGAGGGAGAUCAGGUCAUCACAUCGCCCAGCAUUGUGGACCAGCAUCCCAUUGUCUUCUGGAAUCUUGUCUGGUACUUCCGCAGGUUAGAGCUACCGAGCACCCUGCCCGCCCUCCUCCUCGCCUCCCAGCACUUCAACCGGACAGAUCAGCCCCUUCAGAGUGUGUCGUCUGAGGACAGUAAAAAUGUGCUGGUGAGGAUCAUGUGGGACAACCUGAAGCUGCACCAAGACCCUGUUCAGCCCUGCUACGUCCUGUGGAAUGUACAAUGUUCCAGUUCCCUGGUCCGUGCUGGAGCGUGCGAGGAGGGCCAGGUCUUCAGUGUGGAGGCCCUGCAGGCUGUCGUGAGGAGCAUCCAGAAGAGUGACGUCUACCAGCCCAUGAGCCAGAUCAUCCAGCUGCUGGGGCCCAAACUGGGCUUCCGAAGGCAGAGGAGUCUGUACAGAGAUAUCUUGUUCCUGGCUCUGGUGGCUCUGGGAAAGAAAAACAUUAGUAUCGAUGCUUUUGACCGCGAGUACAAGAUGGCCUACGACCGCCUGACAGCCAAUCAGGUCAAACUGACUCACAACUGUGACCGCCCACCAGGUGCUGGGGUCAUGGAGUGCAGGAGGACUUUUGGGGAGCUGUGUCUGUGAUAUCUCUGAUGACCAUACACACACACACACACACCUAUCCUUCCUCCCGCGCACACAAAUCUUUCCCUUCAGGCAUUUGAUCAUACUCAGGACCAUCCCACCUGACUGACCAGGACCAAUAGGAACCAGAGUUUAGAAGCACAAUUGGGUAGAUAGGACAAACAGCCUGUAAAGGUGGCUCUGUUAUAGUAGAAGAGCAUGCCAUGGCAGGGCUUGGGAUAUCCUGUGCAGUAUUAAGAUAAUCGCCUGUAUUUACACCAUUAUAACUAUAGUAAAUGUUUGUAUAGUCCAUUGUACAUUGUAUAUUUUUUAUGAUCAAUCUCUGGUAGCUGAUGAAUUUGCUAGUAGGUAUGUAGAAGGCAACAGUGUGGUCCUGGUGACCAUUUUGACCAAAUGUGUCGAGUAUGAAGGUACUUGCUUUUAGAUGUACAUAUUUUGCUUAGCACUUUUCCAAGAUUAACUUAAACUGUUGACAUUAAUCGCUCUUUUUAGUUAUGAAAAAAAGAGGUUGGACUGUGUUUACAGAAUGCUACAAUCUCUUCAUGGUUUGUAACCCUUGCUGAACCAGCCCCUAACAACCACCCUAACAACCACUAUGGUACUGUCGCAUCUUUAAAAAGGGUUCAAUUCUUCAUUUUUAGGAAGGUGUUCUUUAACAUGCACAUACGACCCAUUAGGUUCACUGUGUCUCAGAAACAUUUCCCAGUUUCAAUUUUAGAAGUGUAUUUCUUUUGUACAGACCCUGAAAGUAAUCCAAUGGUGACCCCAAAAAAGGGUUAGGGAUUGCAAAACAUAAAAGGUUUUGGAAAUCAGGUGGAUUCGUUUUCUGGUCCUUUGACUGAUUUUUAUUUGUAUUUUUCUACAUCAUCCAGGCCCGAUCAUACCAAAAGCUGAAUCAGGAAAUGCAUAAUGCGUGCUUCGAGUUAAAUCAGUGGCCACAAUAUUUUCAUAAAUAAAUUUGAUUUAUUGACACAUACAUAAAUCUAUAAAAGAGGAUGGUGUUUGAUACAUUCUGUUGGUUUCUUAGUGUCUUGAUUGUACAGUGUCCGUGUUUCAGUGGCACAGUUUAACAAUGUUAGAGCUGUGCUGUAUUAUGUUACACAGACAAGGAAAUCAAAUCUAAUUCUUGGCUAUUAUUUGCCACAUUUACAGAGUAGGUUAUAGUAUAGCAGGAUGAACAACGGUUCCAUUUGACUCUGAGUGUCUUGUUUACUAUUGUCAGACACACAAAAAACAGCAGCAAUAGCCUGUCUAAACCAAGGGAAAAUGCCUGUUUUUAUACCUGUUUAGCUAACACUAUCCUAAGCCACACACAUACAAUGUUAUUGUACUAGGAACUUGCUGACACCUUUUCACUGUUUAAGUACAGUUUUGUUGAGCUCUAUGUGUAGCUACUAGCCCCUGACUGACCAAAACGUCAU